AUGGACUGCUUCAACUUUGGAGAGUGGUGUGGAAUGAUCAACGAUUACUGCGGCAGUAACUGCACGAGUGGCAAGUGCGGCGGCAAGUCCAAUUGUUUCAAAUCGUCUCCGCCGAAGGGCGGCAACCCACCAUCAACUGUGACUUCAACCUACCCUUGCACCACAACGGCAACUAGCAAGACGUCUUCGACCACAUCGGCAUCGCCGACCUCCAGCUGCCCGGUUCCUACACCUACCGGCAUCUGCAUCCAGCCGUCCAGCUCCAAGUACAACUACGGUCCCGGCAAUCCGGUCGGUGGCGUCCAGCUGCCCGUCGUGACCUGCAACAAUAUCCAGUCGGACUGGAAGCACGGCAAUGUGUUCAAGCUGUACACGGACGGCGACAGCAAGAACUGCCCGUCGUACCCGCGCGCCCAGUGCGGCAGCGCCUGCAGUGACGCCUGCAAGGCGCAGUUCCAGCAGUGCGAGAGCGUCUACGUCGAGGGCUGCAAGACCAACGGCCAGGCCGACGGCAAGAGCUGGGGCUCCGGCUACAGCAGCAAGCGCUCCGUCAGCUACUUCGACACGGCUGAGACGGCCAGGCGCGCGCAGGGCCGCUUUGGCCAGAACUACAAGGAUGCCGAUGCCGCGUGUAAGGCGCAGCUCUCCGAUUGUUUGCAGACGAACAAGAACGUCAAGGAUACUGGGAAGUGCGGCGCGUGGAACUCGGGCUGGUAG